AUAAGAUAUAAUAAUAAAGUGAGUGCAUCUUAUUACGCAUCAUUUACAAAUUCUAAUUCAGCUUUGCUUCUUUCUCUCUAUGCUUCUAAACUUACUAUUAACGUUCACACUUCUGAUGGGUCGGGUUAAAUCCGACCCAGACCCGCUCCAAGACUACUGUGUUUCUCCUUCUCCUUCAUCACACCAACAAAUCUUCCUCAAUGGCGUACUUUGCAAGGAUCCGACACAAGCCACCGUCUCCGACUUUACAACCUCCGCAUUGUCCAGACCCGGAAACACUCAGACCAAACCGUUUAUGACCAACGUCACUGUCACCACAACCGCUAACCUCCCAGGUCUCAACACAAUGGGCCUCACAAUGGCCAGGCUUGACUUCGGAGGCUCUGGUGUUGUCCCACCGCACGUGCACCCACGCGCCUCGGAAGUAACCGUCUGCCUAGACGGUGUCCUUCUCGUCGGGUUCGUGGAUACGUCCGGUCGGGUCUUUACCCAGGAGCUUCAUCCGGGUGAGACAUUCGUGUUUCCCAAAGGGUUGAUUCAUUUUCUAUAUAACAUUGAUACGGUGAGCUCAGCUUUGGCAGUCUCUGGGCUGAAUAGUCAGAAUCCUGGGACUCAGAUUGUGUCUUUGUCGUCUUUCAAUUCAAAGCCUCCGUUUCUGGAAGAGGUUUUGAAGAGCGCUUAUGAUAUCAACGGCCAGGAUGUUGCUAGGAUCCGCAAAAGUCUUCAAGGCUAAAAUGCUAAAACCAGUAAAACUAUAUGUAACUA